AAAGAGCAAUACAAUGGCCUCUCCAUCACAGCCAGCUCCUCAACAUCCUCAGUCCCUGCUGACUGUCUUCCUGGACCAGCCGCCCAGCUGUCUCCAGUUUUGUCCCGCAGCACCGGACUACGCCGUUAUAGGCACAUAUCUUCUCUCGGAAACAAAGUCACAGGCGGAAGAUGAGAAUGCAGAUGUUGUUAUCCAGCAAAAUAAAACGGGGAGUUUGCAACUAUGGAAGCUUGAUCCUAUUGGCCCUAAAUUGUCUCUCAUCCAAAUGCUGCAUUUUCCAUAUGCAGUAUUCGAUCUUCAAUUCCACCCCACUCGGCACUCUCUCCUAGCCAUCGCUACAAGCACAGGUUCUGUAGCUCUAUUUAAUACAAACAGCUCUGCUACAGCAGCGCCAGUUAUAUCGCAGCUCUGGACACAUUCCGCUCACGAGGAUCCUUUUGUAUCGGCGCUAUUUCUCUCCUGGGCCCCAAGGGACUGGUUCAAGAAUCCCCAAACAGAUGGGUUCGCUGUGACAUUUUCCGAUGGGCGAACUACGCUUUUCAGCUCUGCUAAGGGCAAUAUCAGUGAUGAAGAUAGUCUCUCUGAGUCAGGUAUAUUCGAAGCCAAGCAGACAAUAGAGAUGUGGUUCGUUGCUCUCGCUACGAUCGAUGAAAAGAAGAUGGAGUCCAAAGCGCGGAUUCCCUAUAUAUUCACGGGAGAUGAUUUCGGCGCUUUAUACACACGCCAGUUUGAGAGUAUUACUAGUACUAGUGGUGGUGAUCAUGGAGAUAGUUAUGAUGCUACCGAGGUGGUUGAAGAAGAAACCGAUACCGCGCAAAUGCUGCCCUUACAGGAUUUCACCGACCGCGCUCGCCACCACACUGCAGGGAUAACGUCCAUUCUCCCUCUUCCUGUUUCCCUGGAGGUCAAUGAUGAUGCGCCUUUGCUUCUAACUGGUAGUUACGAUGAACAUCUACGUGUUUUCUGCGAUACGCGACCUGGGAAGGUUCUUGCCGAGCACUCCUUAGGUGGUGGGGUGUGGAGGCUUCAGUUAUUGAAUGUAAAGAGGGGAGAGGAAGCAGUUGGCUUGGAUAUGGAAUCAGAUCGUGCGGAAUAUCCGCGUCGAUUCGAGUUCCUCGUUCUUGCGAGUUGCAUGCAUGCCGGUACUAGAGUGGUAAAGGUUACGUGGUUCGACAAUGAGGAAGACCCACAUGGGAACUGGACGAUUGAGGUUUUGGCUGAAUUUACAGAGCAUGAGAGUAUGAAUUAUGCAUCUGAUAUCUGGAGAGGGGGAGGUGAACCCACAGCCAAGCGCAGACAAGAGCUGCUCUGCGUCUCCAGCAGUUUCUAUGAUCGGAGGGUCUGCGUCUGGAAAUUUGAAGUCUAG